AUGCACACGGAGAACAGCACCGGCACGACGAGCCGCCCGGACCCCGCGGCGGGGGAGCAGGAGGUGCCGGGCGAGCGGCCCCUCUUCAGCGCCGGCACCUACGAGCUGCUGGCGCUGCUUGUCGCUACCAUCGGCAUGCUGGGCUUGUGCAACAACUUGCUGGUGCUGGUGCUCUACUACAAGUUCAAGAGGCUCCGCACGCCCACCAACCUCUUCCUCGUCAACAUCAGCCUCAGCGACCUGCUGGUGUCCGUCUUCGGCGUGAGCCUUACCUUCAUGUCCUGCCUGAGGAGCCGCUGGGUGUGGGACGCCGCCGGCUGCGUGUGGGACGGCUUCAGCAACAGCCUUUUCGGAAUUGUUUCAAUUAUGACUCUCACUGUUCUUGCCUAUGAACGCUACAUUCGAGUAGUCCAUGCAAAAGUGAUUGACUUCUCUUGGUCUUGGAGGGCUAUCACAUACAUAUGGCUCUACUCAUUAGCCUGGACUGGAGCACCUCUUUUGGGCUGGAACAGAUACACUCUGGAAAUUCAUGGAUUAGGUUGCUCAGUGGACUGGAAGUCAAAAGACCCCAAUGACACCUCCUUUGUGCUCCUUUUUUUCCUUGGCUGCCUAGUAGCACCUGUUGGGAUAAUGACCUAUUGCUAUGGCCAUAUUCUUUAUGCAGUAAGAAUGCUUCACUGUGUGGAAGAUUUUCAGACUGUUCAAGUGAUCAGACUUCUCAAAUAUGAAAAGAAGGUGGCUAAAAUGUGUUUCUUAAUGAUCUCCACUUUCCUUAUUUGUUGGAUGCCCUAUGCAGUGGUCUCCCUGCUCAUAACAUAUGGCCAUAGCAACCUUGUAACUCCAACUGUAGCUAUUAUCCCAUCUUUCUUUGCCAAGUCAAGCACGGCCUAUAAUCCAGUCAUCUAUAUCUUCAUGAAUAGAAAGUUCCGACGAUGCCUCCUGCAGCUCCUGUGCUUUCGCUUGAUGAGGUUCCAGAGGACUGUGAAAGAGCCACCAUCAACAGGGAAUGACAAACCAAUAAGGCCAAUAGUUAUGUCUCAGAAAGCAGGGAACAGACCAAAGAAGAAAGUGACUUUCAGCUCUUCGUCUGUCAUUUUUAUUAUCACCAGUGAUGACACUCAGCAAAUAGAUGAUAACAGCAAAUAUAAUGGGACAAAGGUAAAUGUCAUCCAAGUAAAAUCACUAUAGGGAUGAGCUAAAGAGA